AUGACCUGUCCGGCCGCUGAGGGACCCCCGGCGCCCGGGGGCCACCGAGAGACUAAAGCCCACCCGGGCCCCGAGGCCCAGCGCGGCCCCACGGUGCCACACGGCUCUGAGGGCCACCAAGAGACUAAAGGCUCCGUGGCCACCACAGGAUCCAUGGCCAGCUGGACCUCCGCGGUCAGCCAGGACCACCGAGAGACCAAAGCCCACCUGGGCUCUGUGACCCACCUGGGCUCCCAGGACCACGGGGAGAGCGAGGCCCACCUGGGCUCUGUGGCCGACCAAAACUUCGUGGCCAACCAGGACCACCCCGAGCCCGGUGCUGAUGGUGGCUCCGUGGUGCUGUUGGACUCCAAGAUCUCCCAAAGCUCUGAGGAGCACCUGGGGACUCAGGUCAGCCGUGUCCCUGUGACCCACCUGGUGUCUGUGGCCACCCAGGAGCACCUGGAGGUGAAGGUGCAGGAGGAACCCGUGGGCAGCCGAGGUUCUGCAGGCAGCCAGGACCACCCAGAGCCCAGCAGCGACGUCCCGUUGGACUCCAAGGUCAACCAGGGCUCCAUGGAUCGCUUAAACCUGAAGGGCCACCAAGACCUCGCCCCCUCCCAGGCCUCCGAGGACCCCCAGGAGCCCAAGGUCACCCAGGGCCCUGUGGCCAACCAAAAGACCAAGGUCAACCAAAGCCCCGCAGCCCCUGUAGAGGCCAAGGUCAACCAAGACCCUGUGGUGUGUUUAGACUUGAGGGUCCACCAAGCCCCUGUGGCCAACCCAGUGCCCGAGGACCACCGAGACCCCAAGGCCAACCAAGACCCCAUGGACCACCCGGACACGCAAGCCCCCGUGGCUCUUACAGACCAGAAGGUCCCCCAAGCCCCCGUGGCCGAGCACAGCCCCGCGGACCCCCAGGAGACCGAGGUCAAGCACAGCCCUGUGGAGCUGAGGGUCCCUCGGGCCACCGCGGUGGCCAAGGGAGGCUGCACCGCCCGCCACCAACCCCUCGUGCCCACCUGGGCCACCCCAGCCCCCCGCCCGUGCGCCCGCAUCCCCUCGGGCGCCCACCUGGGCCUGGUGCUGAUGACGCUGGGGUCCCUCCUGCUGCCCUGCGCCCGGGGCUCGGCGCUGGAGUUCGGGGGCGCCCCGGGGCAGUGGGCGCGCUACGGGCGGUGGGCGCCGGGCACGGGGGGACAGCUCAGCUUCCGCCUCAAGACCAACGUGACGCGGGCGCUGCUGCUCUACCUGGACGACGGUGGCAACUGUGACUUCCUGGAGCUGCUGGUGGCCGAGGGGCGGCUGAGGCUGCGCUUCGCCAUCGCCUGCGCCGAGCCGGCCACGCUGGAGCCGCCGGCGCCGGUCAGCGACGGCCGCUGGCACGCGGUGCUGCUGACCCGGCACGCGCGGCACGCGGCGCUGGCCGUGGACGGGGAGGCUCGGGCGGCCGCCGUGCGCUCCAAGCGCCCCGACAUGGCCGUGGCCAGCGACCUGUUCGUCGGGGGGAUCCCGCCCGACGUGCGGCUCUCGGCGCUGACGCUCAGCACCGUCAAGUACGAGCCGCCCUUCCGCGGGUGGGUGGCCGACCUGCGGGUGGGCGACGCGCCGGCCGCGCUGCUGGGCGCCCAGGGGGUCCGGGGUGACGGGGACGAGCGCUGCGCCCACCACCCGCCCUGCGCCCACGGCGGCCGCUGCACCCUGCGCCGUGGGGAGCCCCGCUGCGACUGCGCCGGCACCGGCCACCGCGGGCCCUUCUGCGAGGAAGAGGAAGAAGCCGCGGUGGAAGGUCCCGCCCACCUGCGAGUCACCGGCCAAGGGCCCGCCGAGGUCGCCGAGGGGGGGCCCGGCCGCGGCGCCGGUGAGAUCCAGCAAGCAGCGAAAGGCCGCGCCGAGUACGUGGCCACCUUCCGGGGCAGCGAGUUCUUCUGCUACGACGUGUCGCGCUCGCCGGUGCAGAGCAGCGCGGACGAGCUGGCGCUGGCGUUCCGCACGCGGCAGCGCCACGGGCUCCUGCUGCACACCGGCCGCGCCGCCGACUUCCUCAACCUGUCGCUCAAGGCCGGCGCCGUGUGGCUCGUCAUCAACCUGGGUGCCGGCGCCUUCGAGGCGCUGGUGGAGCCCGUCAAUGGCAAAUUCCACGAUGGCGGCUGGCACCACGUGCGCGUCACGCGCAACCUGCGGCAGCACGCAGGGAUCGGACACGCUAUGGUAAACAAACUGCAUUACCUGGUGACGAUCUCCGUGGACGGGAUCCUGACCACCACGGGCUACACGCAGGAGGAUUUCACCAUGCUGGGCUCCGACGACUUCUUCUACGUGGGGGGGUCCCCCAACACCGCCGACCUGCCGGGGUCCCCCGUCAGCAACAACUUCAUGGGCUGCCUCAAGGAUGUGGUUUACAAGAACAACGACUUCAAGCUGGAGCUGUCGCGGCUGGCGCAGGAAGGGGACGCGCGGGUGACGCUGCACGGGGCGCUGCUCUUCCACUGCGACCCCCCCCCGGCGCUGGACCCCGUCACCUUCGCCACCCCCCAGGCUCACCUGGCGCUGCCCACCUGGCGCCCGGCCCGCGCCGGCUCCGUCUCCUUCGACUUCCGCACCACGGAGCCCAACGGGGUCCUGCUCUUCGGGCAGGGACCCCCCCGCGACCCCCCGGCCGCCGCCCCCCGCGGGCCGCCCCCGCCGCCCCCCGAUUUCCUGGCGCUGGAGCUGCUGGACGGACACCUGUACCUGCUGCUGGGCAUGGGCGCGGCCGGGCUGAGGCUCCGCGCCAGCGCCCGCAAGGUGACGGAUGGGGAGUGGUGCCACGUGGAUGUGCAGCGCGAUGGGCGCAAAGGCUCGGUGUCGGUGAACAGCCGCAGCACGCCCUUCCUGGCCAGCGGUGACCGCGACGUGCUGGACGUGGGGGCCGAGCUGUACCUGGGGGGGCUCCCCGAGGGUCGCCCCGGCCCCCCCGCGCCCCCCGAGCUCUGGGCAGCGGGGCUGCGCCUCGGCUUCGUGGGCUGCGUGCGGGAUCUGUUCGUGGACGGGCGGAGCCGCGACGUGCGGGCGCUUUUGGGGGCCGGGGGGGCCCCGGGGGUCGCCCCGCUGUGUGCGAGGGACCCCCCCCGGCUGUGCGCCAGCGGCCCCUGUCGCAACGGGGGGACAUGUCGCGAGGGCUGGAACCGCUUCGUGUGCGACUGUCGCGGCACCGGGUACCUGGGGCCGCGCUGCGAGACAGAGGCGGCGGUGCUGAGCUAUGACGGCAGCAUGUACCUGAAGGUGCAGGUGCCGGGGGAGCAGACGGAGGCCGAGGACGUGUCCCUGCGCUUUAUGUCCCCCCGAGCCUUCGGCCUCGUCCUGGCCACCACCUCGCGCCACUCGGCCGACACCCUGCGCCUCGAGCUGGACGGGGGGCGCAUGAAGCUCACCCUCAACCUGGACUGUGUCCGCGUGGGCUGUCACCCCAGCAAGGGUCCCGAGACGCUGUUCGCGGGGCAGCGGCUGGAUGACAACGAGUGGCACUCGGUGCGGGUGGCCCGGCGCGGGCGCAGCCUCCAGCUCGCCGUGGACAACGUCACCGUCGAAGGACAGCUGUCGGGCUCUCACACCCGCCUGGAGUUCCACAACAUCGAGACCGGCAUCGUCACCGAGCGGCGCUUCCUGGCCGUGGUCCCGUCCAACUUCCUGGGCCACCUGAGCGGGCUGGUGUUCAACGGGCUGCCCUACCUGGACCUGUGCCGCGACGGCGACAUCAGCUCCUGCGAGCUCAACGCCCGCUUCGGCCGCCGCGCCAUCGUGGCCGACCCGGUGGCCUUCGGGGGCCGCGGCUCCUACGUGGCGCUGGCCACGCUCCAGGCCUUCGCCUCCUUCCACCUCUUCUUCCAGUUCAAGACCACGGCGCCCGACGGCCUCAUCCUCUUCAACGGCGGCAGCGGCUCCGACUUCCUGGUGGUCGAGCUGGUCAAGGGGUACAUCCACUACGUGUUCGACCUGGGCGAGGGCCCCUCGCUCAUGAAGGGCAACUCGGAGCAGCCGCUGCACGACGGGCGCUGGCACGAGGUGGCCGUGGCCAGGGAGGGGGGGGCCCUGCACGGGCUGCGCGUGGACGGGAGACCCGUGACCCAGCACGGGCAGGGAGCCCGCGGGCUCCAGCUCAAGGGUGAGCUGUACGUCGGGGGGGUCAGCCCGGGGCUCCUGGGCCGCCUCCCGCGGCUCGUGGCCUCCCGGGGGGGCUUCCGGGGCUGUUUGGCCUCGCUGGACCUCAACGGGCGCCUGCCCGACCUGCUCGGGGACGCGCUGAGACGCGUCGGGGACGUGCGGAGGGGCUGCGACGGCCCCAGCACGACGUGCGCCGAGGACUCGUGUGCCCACGGGGGGGUUUGCCUGCAGCAGUGGGACGGCUUCACCUGCGACUGCAGCAUGACGGCCUUCGGGGGGGCUGGCUGUGCCGAGCCGGGCACCACGUACAUUUUCGGCAAGGGGGGGGCCCUGAUCACCUACACGUGGCCCCCCAAUGACCGGCCCAGCACCCGCGCUGACCGCCUGGCCCUGGGCUUCAGCACCCGGCAGCGCGACGCGGUGCUGCUGCGCGUGGAGAGCGCGGCCGGGCUCGGAGACUUCCUGCAGCUCCACAUUGUGCAGGGGGCCGUGGGGGUCCUGUUCAACGUGGGCACCGAGGACAUCGCGCUGGAGGAGCGGGGGGCGGCCGUCAGCGAUGGGCGCUUCCACGUCGUCCGCUUCACGCGCAGCGGCGGCAACGCCACGCUCCAGGUGGACGGCGGCCCCCUGCACGAGCGUUACCCGCCAGGCAGCGGGGACAGCGAGCGGCUGGCGCUGGCGCGGCAGCGCAUCCCCUUCCGCCUGGGGCGGGUGGUCGAUGAGUGGCUGCUCGACAAAGGCCGGCAGCUGACCAUCUUCAACAGCCAGGCGCGCGUGCGGGUGGGGGGCCGGGACCGCGGCCGCCCCUUCCAGGGGCAGCUCUCGGGGCUCUACUACAACGGGCUGAAGCUGCUGGCGCUGGCGGCCGAGGGACACCCCCGCGUGCGGCUCGAGGGGGACCUGCGGCUCGUGGGGGACCCCCCACCGCCCCCCGCGCCCCCCGGCGCCACCCCCGCGCCCCCCGACAUGGCCACCACCAUCAUGGAGACCACCACCACCAUGGCCACGACCACCACCCGCCGCGGGCGCUCGCCCACCCUGCGCGACACCGUCGCCCAGAACACGGACGAUCUGCUGGUGGCCUCGGCCGAGUGUCCAAGCGAUGACGAGGACCUGGAGGAGUGUGAGCCGGGCACAGGCGGGGAGCUGGUGCUGCCGGCGUCCCCGGGCCCCCCCGCGCCCCCCGCCGCCCCCCGCGCCCCCCCGGGCUGCGGCCCCGACUGCGACGAGCCCUCGGGCUUCGCCUCGGGGGAGGCGGCGGACCCUGACCCCGACCCCGGCCACGCUCCCGGCGGGGAGCUGGUGCUGCCGGCGUCCCCGGGCCCCCCCGCGCCCCCCGCCGCCCCCCGCGCCCCCCCGGGCUGCGGCCCCGACUGCGACGAGCCCUCGGGCUUCGCCUCGGGGGAGGCGGCGGACCCUGACCCCGACCCCGGCCACGCUCCCGGCCCCGAGCAGCCGCCGGCCGACGACGAGGACUUCGCGGGGCUGGGGGGCGGGGGGAACCCCGAGGCCGCCGCCCCCCCGGCGGCCACGGCCGCGCCCCGCGGCGCCGGGACCGAGCCCACGGUGGCGGGCGCGGCUCCUCCCGGGCUGGUGCCGGCGGGCGAGCGGCACCCGCGGGAGGGCGCGGGCGGGGGGCGGCGCGGGGGGGGCUCGGCACCGCCCGUGACCCGGCGCCCCCCCGUGCCCCCCACAGCCGCGCCCGGAGCGGUGGAGGUGGUGCGGGAGGCGGGCGGCACCACCGGCAUGGUGGUCGGCAUCGUGGCGGCCGCCGCGCUCUGCAUCCUCAUCCUGCUCUACGCCAUGUACAAGUACCGCAACCGCGACGAGGGCUCCUACCAGGUGGACCAGAGCCGCCACUACAUCGGGGCCGCCCCCGCCGCGCCCGGGGGGGGCCCGGGAGGGGCCCCCGGCGCCGCGUCCCCGACCCCGCCCGCCGGGACCCCCAAGGAGAAGGCGGCGCCCGCGCCCCCCAAAGCGCCGGGCAAAGCGCGGCGCAACAAGGACAAGGAGUAUUACGUGUGA